UUUGCACUUGCUGAACUUUGUGAAAUGGCACACAAUCAAUUAUACCUGUCAGAUGUUAUCAUAUCAACAUAGUCUGAAACGUUUUGUUAGAAGUGUCUCAACCAUCACGCCCCCGUUGGAGAGCAAUUUGUCUAGUCGCGGUCUUCAGAUGGAGCGGUCCUUGGAGAGCCACCCGGAGAAUACCCUGCACCAUGCCAUAGGUCAUAUUCUAGUCAUAUCAAGGAUUUUCGGUGUACUGCCCCUAUACGGUAUCAAGCCCAGUGAUUCACCGCAAAAUGUUUGCUUUCGCUGGCUUUCUCCGUUUAUUUUCCUAUUCGUGGGAGUGUUCACAUUUGUGAUCGCAGAUUUUGUGUUCUCAGCUAAACUUGUUCUGCACAAUGGCCUUAAGAUUUAUACUAUAGGUUCUCUCAGCUUUAGUGUAAUUUGCAUAUUCUGUUUUGGAGCCUUUAUAAACUUAGCUCCUCGAUGGCCCCAUAUCAUUCGUCAGACCUCGCGAUGUGAAAGGAUAUUCCUGAAACCCUGCUACCAAUGCCCCAAUGGUCUUAAGUUUAGUCUUCAUCUUCGCCGCUGGGGCCUGAUCCUUCUGGUAGCCGCUCUGUGUGAACACCUCACCUAUGUGGGCAGUGCCGUUUGGAGCAACUGCAAGCAGAUCACAGAGUGCCGGCUGGAAGUAGGCUUCAUACAAAAUUACUUUGAACGCGAACGUCAGGAACUGUUCUCUGUAAUUCCCUACAACUCCUGGCUGGUGCUUUUUAUCGAGUGGAGUACAAUCUCCAUGACAUUUUUGUGGAACUUUGGUGAUAUCUUCCUAGUUCUCAUGUGUCGUUCAUUGAGAAUUCGGUUUCAGCAGAUGCAUUGGCGCAUUCGUCAGAAUUUGGGGAAAGGGAAUUCGGGAAAGGAACUAUGGCAGGAAAUACGUAUCGAUCUCUUGGACCUGCAUGAUCUCCUGAAGCUCUACGACAAGGAACUAUCUGGCUUGAUAUUGGUAUCCUGUGCGCACAACAUGUACUUUAUCUGCGUGCAAGUCUACCACAGUUUUCAAGUCAAAGGCGCUUUCAUGGACGAGCUUUACUUCUGGUUUUGUUUGUUGUACGUGAUCACUCGCUUAAUGAACAUGAUGUUCGCUGCUGCAUCGAUUCCUCAAGAGGCCAAGGAUAUAUCCAACACUCUGUACGAGAUCCCUUCACGCCGUUGGUGCGAAGACUUGGAGCGGUUAAGUGAGAUGCUCCGCAAUGAAUCGUUUGCUCUAAGUGGAAACGGUUACUUCUACCUAACCCGUAGGCUUAUCUUUGCAAUGUCAGCCGCAGCCCUUGGCUAUGAACUGGUCCUCUUUCACCAAAUGGAAGGUGCUGUAACACAACCGGAUAUUUGCAGCCGUGCUGCCGGCUCCUCCAUGAGCAUAUUCUACUCUUAACUCCAUUUCAUUAAUACAUACUUCAUGAG